AUGAGAGAUUUUAAAUUAUUUUUAAAAUUAUUUGAUGAUGGUUGCAUUGAUAAUAAUAUUGUUCCUUUUGAUGGAUGCUAUUCUAAUAAUUAUGAUUGUAUUUAAGGUUGUAGAAAUUGUAUUAAAGGGAUAUGUUAAAAUUGUUUAGACGGCUUUUGGUAUUAAGAAUAAACUUAAAUUUGUAUUCCUUAGUGUGGUGACUCUAUUAUAACAUUAAAUGAGGAAUGUGAUGAUGGAAAUAAAAUUGGUUAUGAUGGAUGUUAUGAAUGUAAAUAUUAAUGCAGUUAGAAUUGUGAAAAAUGCUAAUUUGGAAAAUGUUUGGAAUGUUAAGUAGAGUAUUAAUUAGAUUUUUACAAAAUUAAAUGUAUUCCUAAAUGUGGAGAUGAUGUUAUAACAUCAUAAGAAUUAUUUGAUGAUGGGAAUAAUAUUUAAUUUGAUGGUUAUCAUAAAUGCUUAAAUUAUUGUUAAAUAGAAUGUUUAUUAUGUUUUGAUAAUAAGUGCUAUAAUUGUUAAGAAGGUUGGUAGUUGCAAGAGUAUUAAUGUAUUUAAAUUUGUGGAGAUAGUGAAUAGUAUUAGAUUCCUUAUUAAAUGAAUAAUGGAAAAUGUUUACCAAUUUGUGGAGAUAAUAUUAUUACUCCAAUUUUUGAAUAAUGUGAUGAUGGUAAUGAUAUUCCAUAUGAUGGAUGUUUUCAAUGUUUAUAUUCAUGUUCUUAUGGAUGUAUUUAAUGUGAAAAGGAUAAUCAUUGUCUAUUAUGUGAAGAUUAAAAUUAUAUUCUAGAUACUCAAACUUUUUAGUGUAAUCUUUAAUAAUAAAAUAUUGAAACAAACACAGAAGUAAUAAUCAAUGAUAAUGAUUAAUUAAUUGUUUAAUGUAAUAAAAAUUAAGCAUUUAUCUAAAAUAAAUGUGUUAAUUUAUGUGGGAAUGGAAUACUUAAAAGUGAAUUUGAAUAAUGUGAUGAUGGUAAUAAUAAUGGUGGAGAUGGAUGUUCUGCUUUAUGUUUUUAAGAAGAUUCAUAUGAAUGUAAUAAUCAAGAAAAUUAGUUAAGUAUUUGCACAUUUAUCUAAACUCCCAAUUUUAAUUUAAUUUUGCUUUCUGAUAAAUAAAAUUAAACUAAAAUUAUUGAAUUAAUCUUCUCUUAACAAGUUUAUAUUUCAUCAAAACUUAAUUUUGAACAAAUCAUAGAAUUCAUUAUACUAAAUGAAAUCUAAAUUGCAUUUUCUCUAAUCCCAUUUUAAAAUAUUACUUCCUAAUUAAGUAAUCCAAAGUAUAAAAUUUUAAUUUAGUUUUUGGAACCUGUUGCAAAUCCAAUAUUAAAAGUUACCAUUUAAAAAUAUUCUAUCUUUAAUUCAUAUGAUAUGGAAUUAAAUAAUAAUUAAAUAUAAUUGCAACUUGGAACUCCUUUUGUGUUAUCAGAAGCUACUUAAAAAAGAGUAAAUUAAAUUAUUUAAAUGAAUGAUGCUGUCAUCUAUACAACUGUUGGCAUAGCUGGAUUUCUUUUUUUAACUGGUAAUUACAUUGUUUUUUUCAAUUUAUUAGAUUUAUUAUAAACCUUAUCAUAUAUUCGAUAUAUGCAAUAUAGAUUUCCGCCUCAUUUACGUUAGUUUUUAGAUAUUUAUACUAAAAUAUCUUUAUAGCCUAUUUUAGAUAGUUUAAAUGUAGAUGA